AUGAGUAAGCAUUCCUACAAGCAAAAUUUUUUGGAGUUUGGGUUCACUUCUAUCAACGAUCAUGGUGUUGCAAAGCCACAAUGUGUGCUGUGUUAUGCAGUGUUAUCAAACGAAUCUCUGAAGGAAAACAAAUUGAAGAGACAUUUUGAAACAAAACACCCUCAGUAUGUGAAAAAGAAUCGUAUUUAUUUUCAGCAUAGAGAAGCCGAACUGAAACGAAGUCGAUUUUGCUCAGCAACGAACCCAGCGAUUUUUGGUUCCAAGCAAGCCACGCUGGCAUCGUAUGUAGUGGCUCAACGAAUAGCUAGAGAAAUGAAACCACACACUAUUGGAAAACGGCUUGUUAAGCCUGCAGCUAUUGACAUGACCAGACUCAUAUGUGGUGAUGAUGUGGCCUCGAAAUUGCAAUCCGUCUCGCUAUCAAAUGACACCGUCAAAAGUCGCAUCGCAGACCUUUCAUUAAAUAUAAAAAACCAAGUGGUUGCCCGGAUGAGAAGAGCGGGAAAGUGGAGCUAUCAACUUGAUGAGUCAACUGACACAGGAAAGGACGCGCAGCUAAUGGUUUACGUGAGGUAUGAGGGUGAGUUGGACCUCGAAGAAGAAUUUUUAUUUUGUACUCCACUGACAACAACGGCAACUGGCGCCGACAUCUACAACGUUGUGGACAACUUUCACAAAAAAGAAGGCGUAGACUGGAAAAACUGUGUCAGCUUAUGUACUGACGGCGCUCCCGCGAUGCUUGGUGCACGACAGGGGUUUACAGCACGAGUCAAGCAAGUCAAUCCUAAUGUACAAAUCGUCCAAUGUCUUCUACACCGUGAAAACCUUGCAGCGCAACAUUUGUCGUCGGAUUUAUCGGCAGUGAUGCAGGAGGUUGUUGGUAUCGUCAACUUUAUCAAAUUUAGUGCUGUUAACUCUCGACUGUUUGAACAGAUGUGUGUCGAUUUCGGAUCUCAAUUCCAUCAUCUCCUGUUCUACUCAAAUGUGAGAUGGCUUUCUCGCGGUAAGCUAUUGCGCCGCCUGGUCGAUCUACGAACAGAGGUGCAGUUCUUUCUCAAUGAUAAAAAACAUCGUCAUGCUAUUCGGUUCGAAGACAAAGAGUGGAUGCUCAAAGUAUGUUACCUAAACGACAUCUUCGCAUUAUUGAACGAUCUUAACUUAUCAAUGCAAGGCAGAAAUCAAAAUAUUAGAACUAUCUCAGAGAGAUUGUCUGCCUUCAAAGAAAAAACUGCAACUCUGGAAGAAAAGACUGGAGCGUGGGCAAACAGCAUUGUUUCCAUCCUUGAAUGA